AUGGACGAGACCGACGACCUUCGUCCGCAAGACAAUGAACAGCAUAGCUAUGUGCUUAUUACCGGAGCCAACAGUGGCCUUGGGUUCGCCAUCUGCUGCCGAUUGAUUGAUGAAUUCAUAUCUUUACGACCAACAUUCGAAUGCCUUACCCUUAUCAUCACCACUCGAGAUUCUAGAAAGAGCGGUGACACUGUCAAGCGCCUUGAGCGGUAUCUCGAAAGGCAAUCAAGAGAACUUGAUGCGCCCUUGAAACAUCGAAUAUCUCUUCAGCCCGAGCAAGUUGAUCUGACAUCCCUUCGUUCGGUACAAACCCUGUCCACCAGACUUCUCGGAAAUCUUCCACGCCUCGAUACCAUCAUCUGCAAUGCGGGAUAUGGCGCAUUCACAGGCAUUGACUGGCCAAUCGCUAUCAAGGAGACAUUGACUGACUUUGUUACAUCACUCACCUACCCUUCUUUCAAGCUGAGCGCCACUGGCGAGACCACUGCUGCCCAAACAGGCUCUAGGGAGCUCGAUAUUAAAGCUGGUAACAGCCCAAAUGAUGAACCUCCUCUCGGCCAAGUCUUCACAUCCAAUGUCUUUGGACAUUAUCUGCUCUCCCACCAACUCACUCCUCUCCUCUCCGCGUCUCCAGACCACGGCCGGAUAGUCUUCAUAUCCAGCAUUGAGUGUCUCGCAUCCCACUUCAAUUCCGCCGAUAUUCAGGGUCUCGCUUCCUCCAAAGCUUACGAGUCUUCAAAACGCCUCACGGACGUUAUAGUGCUCACAUCAACGCUUCCCUCCAUGAAACCCUUCGUUCAGCGCUUUCUGACCCCUUCUCCCUCGACACCCUCACAGUCGAUCUUGCUUCUCGAUAACGAGCCGUCAGACUCUACUAGAAGCUCUACUCCAGAUACCCCACCUCAACGUAUCAGCUUGUCAGAUAAUGAAUACCGUCUACCCACCAACCCUGAGCCAAAGAUCUAUGUCUCCCACCCUGGCAUCUGCGCCACCUCCAUCAUCACGCUCUCCAUCAUCCCCUUCUACCUCCGUAUCCUCGCCUUCUACAUAGCCCGCUGGCUUGGCUCGCCCUGGCACACAGUCUCCGCUUACAAAGGGGCUUGUGCGCCUGUCUGGCUUGCACUAGCCGAACAAGACGAGCUUGAGGAUAUCGAGCAAAGAGAGGGGAAGGGCAAAUGGGGGAGCGUCUGCGAUAGAAUGGGACAUGAGAGAGUUGUGAGAACCGCGGUGGACGGGUGGGGUUUGGGAGGACGAAUGGGGGAAGGAGACAUGAGCAACAGGAUUGGAUCUAGGAGGGGCUUCCAAGAAGUGACUAGAGAGGAUAGAGAAGGUUUCGAGGAACUAGGCAGGGAGUGCUGGAGGGAAAUGGAGGGAUUAAGGGUGGCGUGGGAGGAGAUGCUGAGGCAGGAAUGA